UAAAACAUCACUCUGAGAGCGGUUCGAAAAAGUACGAUUCUUAGCAAAGGUUUGUGUUCAGUUCGUCUAAACUACGAAAUGGCCGACGAAGACGUUGCUGCUUUGGUUAUCGAUAAUGGCUCCGGUAUGUGCAAGGCUGGUUUUGCAGGAGACGAUGCCCCUCGUGCAGUGUUUCCCUCCAUCGUCGGUCGCCCAAGACAUCAGGGUGUAAUGGUUGGUAUGGGUCAGAAAGACUCGUAUGUCGGCGAUGAAGCUCAGAGCAAGCGAGGUAUUCUGACUCUGAAAUAUCCCAUUGAACACGGCAUCGUAACCAACUGGGAUGACAUGGAGAAGAUCUGGCAUCACACCUUCUACAACGAGCUUCGUGUAGCGCCCGAGGAACAUCCAGUUCUGCUGACAGAAGCUCCUCUCAACCCAAAAGCCAACAGAGAAAAAAUGACACAGAUAAUGUUCGAGACGUUUAACUCUCCAGCCAUGUAUGUAGCUAUCCAGGCUGUAUUGUCUCUCUACGCCUCUGGUCGAACAACAGGUAUCGUCUUUGACAGCGGAGAUGGUGUGAGUCACACAGUUCCCAUCUACGAGGGUUACGCUCUUCCCCAUGCCAUCCUUCGUCUCGAUUUGGCCGGCAGGGACUUGACCGACUACCUGAUGAAGAUUCUUACAGAGCGUGGCUACUCAUUCACUACCACAGCUGAGCGCGAGAUCGUGCGCGACAUCAAAGAAAAGCUCUGCUAUGUUGCUCUUGAUUUUGAGCAAGAAAUGCAGACUGCUGCAUCCAGCUCUAGCUUGGAGAAGAGCUACGAGCUUCCUGAUGGCCAGGUUAUCACCAUUGGAAACGAGCGAUUCCGUGCACCAGAGGCCAUGUUCCAACCCUCUUUCCUUGGAAUGGAAUCUGCCGGCAUCCAAGAGACCACUUACAAUUCGAUCAUGAAGUGAGAUGUGGAUAUCCGUAAGGAAUUGUACGCCAACACAGUGUUGUCUGGUGGCUCCACCAUGUUCCCAGGAAUUGCUGACAGAAUGCAGAAGGAAAUCACUGCUCUGGCUCCACCCACGAUGAAGAUCAAGAUCAUUGCUCCUCCUGAGCGUAAAUACUCUGUGUGGAUCGGAGGAUCGAUCUUGGCGUCACUGUCCACCUUCCAACAGAUGUGGAUUUCUAAGCAAGAAUAUGAUGAAUCUGGUCCCUCAAUUGUUCACCGAAAAUGCUUCUAAAUAAAACGUCGAUAUUUAUUGAGAACAAAACAAGCUAAUAUUUCAAGAAAUUAACAAGACAUAUAUAAGACAGACAGAUUAAGGAAUUUGUUAUUGUAAAAAUACAACUCUUGAAUUCUUUGUUGUUAUCUUGACCAGUAUUCUAUUUUUGUAGAUAUGUUCGUGUUGUUUAUUUCCUAAUAAAGAUGAGGAAAUAUCUGUGA